CGACUGGCUCGGUGGAUCCUUGUAUCUUCGCAUAUCGCUGCCUCUCGUACCAGCCAUGCUUUUAUCGCAACCGCUAGCCAUCCUAUAAUAAUAAUAGACACCCCGUCACCCCGCCAUCAUGGGUGUUCACGGGCUCUGGAACGUCGUCCAGCCUUGCGCACGGCCCAUCAAGCUCGAGACCCUCAACAAGAGGCGGUUGGCCGUCGACGCUUCGAUCUGGAUCUAUCAGUUCUUGAAGGCGGUCCGUGACAAAGAGGGGAAUGCGCUUCGUAACUCCCAUAUUGUGGGUUUCUUCCGUCGAAUAUGCAAACUGCUCUACUUUGGCAUCAAACCGGUCUUUGUGUUUGACGGCGGCGCCCCGAUCCUCAAGCGACAGACCAUAGCGGGCCGGCAGAAACGUCGAGAGGGCCGCAGAGAAGAUGCCGUGCGCACGGCCGGGAAGCUCCUUGCCGUACAGAUGCAAAGGACUGCCGAGGAAGAGGCUACCAGGCGCAAGAAUGCGACGGCCAAGCAGGCAGAAGAGGAAGUGUCGGAUAGACCGGUUUAUGCGGAGGAGGCUUUUAUGACGGACAAAGAGAAGCAGCAGGGUCGCUCGUUUAAAAAGAAAGAUGCCUACCAUUUGCCGGACAUGCAAGUUUCGCUGGAAUCGAUGGGUGCUCCGAACGACCCGCGUAUCAUGUCACAGGAGGAGCUUGAGGAAUACGCAAGACAGUUUCAUCGGGGCGAAGACAUUAAUUUGUACGACUUUUCGAAGAUUGAUUUCGACAGUCCGUUCUUCAUCAGUCUUCCGGCUACAGAUCGGUAUAACAUCCUGAACGCGGCUAGGCUUCGGAGUCGUCUACGAAUGGGGUACUCAAAGGAGCAGCUAGAUCAUAUGUUCCCCGAUCGCAUGGCCUUCUCGAAAUUUCAGAUCGAGCGAGUCAAGGAGAGAAAUGAUUUGACACAGCGCCUGAUGAACAUCAACGGCAUGAACGGUGAAGAAGCAUUUUACAACUCAGGACAGAGAAUUGCCGGUGAACGAGGCAAGGAGUAUGUGCUAGUGAAGGACAAUACGGUUGAAGGCGGAUGGGUCCUCGGUGUUGUCGGAAACAAGGAUGAGGGCCGCGAGGGCAAGCCGAUUGACGUCGACCAGUACGGAAUGCAAGAGAUUCUUCCAGCAGAGAAUAGCUCUGAUGAUGAUGACGGCUUCGAGGAUGUGCCUGUCGAGGGUCUCAACCGACUUCCUCGACUCCCUUUUCUUCAAGAAGGCGUUCUUGACGAUUCAGUCAGGCAGCAGAUGCAAAGGACAUCCGGGAGAAGAGCCAGUGCUAGGUCACAAGACUUCGAGGACGAUUCGCUAUUUGUUCCAGAUAGUAACAGCCAAGCCCUGCGGCAGGGCCACGGAGAUAUCAACGGCUUGUUUGAAGAGGGUGAAGAUGAAGACCUUCAAAGAGCGAUACAAAUGUCACUCGAGUCUGAAGGUCAACAAGAUGAUGACAUGCCCGACAUUCAACUUAAUAGAAACACCUCCCAUCUUCUUCCAGGCAAUGAUGCGACAAAAGCCAUGAGCCUAGAAAGUGAUGACGACGACGCACUAGAUUUUGGGGCCGCUUUGGCGCAAUCAAAAAGAACCAAAAAAGAGCCGAUUAACACUAGUGCUGAGCGCCCGGUCAUCGACCACCCUUUCGACGGGCCUCUACCGUUUGAGUCCAUGAAACGCAGCAAGCCGCCUGGACAUGAGAAAUACAGCAAUGAAAAGGUUUAUGAACAUGCUGGUGGCUUUGAAAAAGAGCCCAGCACCAAAUCAGAGAGCAACAUUAUUCUUCCGCCGUGGUUUUCAGGGAGCAAUUCGAAAGCCGAGUUCAUUACAGAUAACGCUUAUGAUAGCCCAUUGCCGAUCCGUCGGGACAUAGGCAUGACUCCGGACCACUUCUUCCUGAAGAAUCACGAAUCUCCUCAGGUCAUCGACGUUGACAAGCCUUCAAACCCAAACGACAUCAUUGAUUUGGAGUCGGAUGUGGAAGAAGGUAAAAACGAUGCACCUCAAGUUGCUGCUGUUCCAAGCCCCAAGAACGAAGAAACCGGCACGGUCCCUGGGGUUGUGCCACUAGCAGCACAAGACAAUUCGGGCACCGAACGACACACUGUACCAUCACCAUCACCUGAAUUCGAAGAUGUGCCAACUCAACCACAAGAGUCGGUCGCAGCCCCACGCGCCGCAGCGUCGCCAUCACCCGAAUUUGAGGAUGUUACAAUCUCGCCGGAAAGGCGAGCAGCCGAAAAUGUCACUACCGAGCUAGAACCUCAAGCUGCCCUUGAUCUAAUUCAAGCCGAAAACCUCGCCAGGGAAGAGGAAGAAUUUUCGGACCCUGAAGAUGAGGACUUGAUGCGACAGCUCGCAGCUGAAGGCGAGGAACAUGUUCGAUUUGCAGCCACAUUGAACUCUGCGCCGCAGGGCGAGAGCUCUUUUGAUUACGAACAGGAACUCAAGCAGUUGCGAUCGCAACAAAAGAAGGAUCGUCGCGAUGCAGAUGAGGUAUCGCAGAUCAUGAUUACCGAGUGUCAGCAACUGCUGAAAUUGUUUGGCUUACCAUAUGUUACCGCGCCCAUGGAGGCCGAAGCGCAGUGUGCAGAACUAGUCUCGCUGGGCCUAGUCGAUGGCAUCAUCACCGACGACAGCGAUUGCUUCCUGUUUGGUGGUACCCGCAUCUACAAGAACAUGUUCAACCAAAGCAAGUUUGUCGAGUGCUACCUUACUUCUGACCUCGAAAAGGAAUAUGCUCUUCAUCGGCAGAAGCUGAUCAGUUUCUCCCAUCUGCUCGGUAGUGACUAUACCGAAGGAAUUCCGGGAAUCGGGCCUGUAACGGCGCUCGAGAUCAUCACGGAAUUCGCCAGCUUAGAAGAAUUCCGCGACUGGUGGACCCAGGUUCAAAUGGGAGUCAACAUGGCCGAGGGCGGGCAUGCUGCUUUCUACAAGAAGUUCAAGAAGCAGGCUACGAAGAUAUUCCUGCCUCCGUCAUUCCCGGACAGCCGAGUCGACGAGGCCUACUUUGAGCCCGAAGUCGACUCGGACCCGUCUCCCUUCCAAUGGGGCGUUCCCGAUCUCCACAGCCUACGACACUUCCUGAUGACGACGAUCGGAUGGAGCCAGGAACGAACUGACGAGGUAUUGGUGCCGGUCAUUCGGGACAUGAAUCAGAGGGAACAGGAGGGCACGCAGUCCAACAUCACCAAUUUUUUCCACGGGCCUCAAGGAGCCGGGGCGUUUGCGCCACGGGUUCGAGCCGCGGGCCAGAGUCGCAUGGAGAAGGCGUUUAGUCGACUCCGGCGGGAAGCCGGAGCCGAUCACACCGAAUCGGCUGAGGUAGACGGCGAGGAAUCCCCUGGAAAUCGUGGCGGACGAACGACAGGAACCAAGCGGGGGACACGCGAUGGCGAGGCGGCUGAGCAGGCCGACAGUGGUGACGCGAAGACUAGUAAGAAACGGAAAACCCGACAGAGGAAGUAG